AUGGCUAUAACAAAGUACAGAACCGAGUGCAAACAGAGUAGCAAGAAACUAAUAGAACUACAGAUUCGACAACUAAACUCCCUUCUACUCUUGAUCCUAGCAGUGUCGUCUCAAGAACAGAGUACACCUGUCUCGCCUUGUACCAACGUGUUCACGUACGAACAAAUCAGUCCAGAAUUAGGUAUAUGGUAUGGAGUAAUCAAGCUAUCGACGGAAAGUGCUUUGCAAUCGCUAUGGUUAAAUAUAAUUUUGGAUAGCAAAGCUGAAAUGCUUGGGAAUUGGGUAGGCAACGUAACAACAACAGAUAAUAUAGAUUACAAAAUAAUAAACACCAACAUGAAAAUCCAACCUGGUCCAUCGCAAACAAUCAGAUUCUUCAUUCAGUAUAAUCCGUUAAACCAACCACCCAAACUGCAAGCAAUAAAAUUGAACGGUAGAGAAAUCUGCAAUGCUAACAAUGUUGAAUCUGUAGUCUCAGAAUCAGUAGAACUAAGGCGAAGUGGAUCAGAAACUGCAAUACGACUUACAUAUAGACCAGAAUCAACGCGACCGAGACCAGAAAGUACACGCCCGCAAAGACCGGAGAGCCGACCCGAGGAAAGACCAAAUAUCAGACCAGAAGACCGACCGGUCACAAAACCGGUGUAUGGAAUUCCGGCGGGAGAAGGACCAGUGUAUAUUCCAACUUUGAACCAACCUGGUGAUUAUAGCAACCCGAAUCCAUACAGCAUAAGUGAUGGACGUGUCCCGGCACAGAACGUGGGCUCCCAGACUUCUAGCGGUGGAAUACCCGAGAUGUAUCCGGCUACACCCACCGCACCCUCUUGGAUGACCUCGUCUCGACCAAAGGUUGAUGAAGACGACUUUGAUAGUGAUAGUCGCGCAGAUCCAGCCGAGUACUUCACAGGUGAACGACCAACAAUCGUGGUACCCAGCAGACCACCAAACAGCAACAACAAUUAUUAUAACCAACAAAAUAAUAACCAGGGCGAAUGCGGGCGUGUGAUGCGCUACAGUCCGAACCCUUUGAUUGUGAAUGGGAAACCAACCUAUGAAGGACAGUGGCCCUGGCAGAUCGCUCUUUACCAGACCCAGACGGUAGACAACAAGUACAUCUGCGGAGGUACCCUGGUUUCCCAUAGUCAUGUCAUCACAGCAGCUCAUUGCGUGACACGCAGAAACUCCAAUCGUGUUGUUAACAGGAACACACUCACAGUUUACUUGGGAAAACACAACUUGAGAACUUCCGUUGAUGGCGUUCAAAUCAGACUGGUGUCAGACAUAAAAGUCCAUCCAGAAUACAACGCGUCUGCGUACAGCCGCGACCUAGGCAUCCUAGAACUGAGAGAACCAGUCACCUACACCGAUUGGGUGAGACCUGCUUGUCUCUGGCCGGAGAAUGAGGUUGACCUUGCUAAUGUCAUUGGAGAGACAGGAUCGGUGGUAGGUUGGGGUUUCGACAUCACAGGUACGGCGACUGAAGAACUAACUCUGGUGGAAAUGCCUGUAGUUGAUCAAGAGACCUGCAUCAGGUCGUACAGCGAGUUUUUUGCGAGAUUCACAUCGGAAUAUACUUUUUGCGCUGGAUAUAGAGACGGCACAUCUGUUUGCAACGGUGACAGCGGAGGCGGCAUGGUGUUCAACAAACAAAACCGAUGGUACCUACGAGGCCUGGUCUCGCUCUCCGUGGCUCGGCAGAACGAGUACCGCUGUGAUCCCACUCAUUACGUGGUCUUUACAGAUUUAGCCAAAUUCUUGCCGUGGAUUAAACAGAAUAUUAACGAAUAUUAGGGAACACUCAACUUUGAUUUCACUUGCAUACUAAACGCUGUUAAAUUGUUAUAAUACUGUUAAAUU